AUGGUGAAGGGUGUCCCGCAGAAGAAGGGUGGCAAGGGCACCAGCAAGAAGGUGACUUUGAAGUUCACUGUGGACUGCCAGCAGCCCGCCGAAGACAAGAUCAUCGAGGUCAAGGACUUCGAGAAGUUCCUGACGAACAAGAUCAAGGUGGAUGGCAAGACCGGCAACCUCGGCGACAAGGUUACCAUCAGCCGUGAGAAGAGCAAGAUCCACGUCGUCGCCGAAUCGCCGUUCUCCAAGCGCUACCUGAAGUAUUUGGGCAAGAAGUACUUGAAGUCUCAGCAGCUCCGCGACUUCUUGCGCAUCGUCGCUCCCAGCAAGACCUCCUACGAGAUGCGUUACUUCAACAUUAACGAGAACAAGGACGAUGAGGAGUGA